AUGUCGGUUUUCUCCUUCGAUUCAGAGUACCUCUUCGCUCCUAGCGAUAAGAGUGGUGCACAAUUGCUCGAGCAGUACAUCCCUGUAGAAGAUGAAAUUUUGAGAAAGAAAUUGGCAGAUUCAGCGCCAAUUCCGGGCACUGAAAGGGAAGGAUAUUCUGCUGUCUAUAGAAAUGCAGCAUUCCCUAGGGUCCUUAAAUCGGGGAUCUCGCUGGAUUUAAAUACCUACGGUAAAUUUUUCAACAGUACUGUCAGAAGCAAACCUGAUAACCCAUGUUUCGCUUCAAGAGAGUAUGAUUAUGUCCAGAAAAAAUCUGCUGAUCACUACUCCACUCUUACGUAUUCGGAAGUUAACACUAGGAAAAAGAACUUUGGUGCAGGAUUGUUAUACCUUUUAAGUAACUCCAACUUCUUGGAACCAGCCAAGUACAAUUCACAUCAAAAGAUCGUUGACCAUGUUAAAAAUUACGGCACUUAUGACAAGAACAAUAUGUCAUUUAUUUUGACCGUUUUUGCCCCAAAUAGGAUGGAAUGGAUGCUUACUGAUAUUAUGUGCUGUGACUACUCUAUUACCAAUAGUUCCCUUUACGAUACAUUAGGCCCUGAUGUAUCAAAGUACAUUUUAGAAUUGACUGAAUCCCCUGCUAUUGUUCUUGAUAAGCACAAUAUUAACACCAUUUUGAAUUUGAAGAGACAAUUCCCAAAGGCUUUAGAGAAUUUGAUUUUGCUUAUUUCCAUGGACCCCUUGGAUUUGGAAGGUAAGAACGAGUCUAUAUCGUUUGAAGAUGUGCUGAAUGUAUCCGCCGCUAGAGAAUUGGGUAUCACCUUGAUUGAUUUGGAUAGGGUUGAGAAAGUUGGAGAAAUCUUCCCUCAUAAAGAACUUCCUUCCACUCCGGAGUCCACCUAUACCAUCAGUUUCACUAGUGGUACAACAGGCUCUAAACCAAAGGGUGUAGUGUUGCUGCAUGUUACUGCAGGUGCUGGUAUUACAUUUUUGCAUCCUACUUUAGCCCCUCCAAAAAAUGGUAAAGCAUUUGCCUUUUUACCAUUAGCUCAUAUUUAUGAAAGACAAAACACUGCAUAUGCAAUCAGUUUAGGGAGUCUUAUUGGUUUCCCACAAUUAGGAGGAACUCCAUUGACUCUUAUUGAAGACUUAAAGCUUUUCAAGCCUAAUGUUUUAACAAACGUACCAAGAGUUUACACUAAAUUCGAGGCUGCUAUUAAAUCUGCCACAAUUGAACACCCAACAAGUUUGUUUACAAGAAGUUUAUUCGAUAAGAUUUUGAAUUCUAAAAAAGAACUUCAAAGUAAGCAAGAUCAUGACCCUGGUUAUCACUUCGUUUACGAUAAGAUUUUCCUUCUGAAGAUUAGAGCUAAGUUUGGAUUCGAUGAUAUGGUAUUCUCAGUGUGUGGUUCUGCACCAAUUUCCGUUUCAACCAUUAAAUUUUUGAAGGCAGCUUUAAAUAUUGGGUUUUCCCAAGGUUAUGGAUUAACUGAAUCCUUUGCCGGGAUGUCUGUUACUAUUUCAUUUGACAGUGACCCUGGUUCAUGUGGAUCUUGUGGUAUUACCACUGAAAUGAAGUUGAAGGAGUUACCUCAGAUGGGAUACCAUGCAAAUGACGAAGGUGGUCCUCGUGGUGAGCUUUUACUUAGAGGACCUCAAAUAUUUUCCCACUACUUCAAGAAUGAAGAAGAAACCUCAAAGGCCUUUGAUGAGGAAGGUUGGUUCCAUACCGGAGAUGUUGCUAAGUUUGAUAGCAGAGGUAGAAUUUACAUCAUCGAUAGAGUUAAGAAUUUCUUCAAAUUAGCACAGGGUGAGUACGUCACUCCUGAAAAGGUUGAAAAUGCCUACCUUUCUGCCAAUCCUAUUCUUACUCAAUUGUAUGCACAUGGAGAUUCUUUGAAACAUUUCUUGGUUGGUAUUUGUGGUGUUGAUAUUCCUUUAGCCCGUAAAUUUUUGAAGGAAAACUGUCAGAUUAAAAUUCAGGAAGGCACCAAUGAGGAUGAAAUUGUUGCACUUAUCAAUCAAAAGGAAAACAGGAAGUUAGCCUUGGCUUAUGUUAAUGAAAUAGUCUCCAGAGAAGGGAAGCUUUCAGGCUUUGAAAAACUUCACAACCUUUAUUUUGAAAUUGAGCCAUUAAGAUUAGACAGGGACGUUAUCACUCCUACUACAAAGUUGAAAAGACCAAUUGCUCGUAAGUUCUUCGGUGAACAAAUUGAUGCAAUGUAUAAAGAAGGUAGCUUGAUUGACAAAAACAAGUUGUAG